ACACGGGGCUCUUAGAUGCGACGGUAAAGUACAAACGGACGCCGUUCAAAGCUUAUAUUCAGACGGAAGAUUUUUCAGGGGUUUAUUCAGAGGGUUUUUGGGUAACGUAAAGUGGCACGCGAAAAGUUGUUUUUCGAAACAUUCAUCAAAAAAUAUAGCCAAGAACGUUGUUGUUUUGUGAUGUGAUCGUAAUAAGUGAUUUAUGGAUCUGAAUUGAUUGAACUACUACAAGUACCGUAUCCGCCGUAUAAAGACCAGGCAGUAGUGCUGAUGAUGUUGAAGGAGCGAGAUAACGCGUCAUCUCCCUGUUCGAGUCUAGGAGGUUCCUCCGGGAUGGAAGUAUCUUCGUGUUCGGGAUGUGGAGAGAGAAUCCACGAUAGGUACUAUCUGUUGGCUGUUGAUAGACAAUGGCACGCGUCUUGUUUGAAAUGUUGCGAAUGUAAAUUACCUUUGGAUUCGGAUCUGACUUGUUUCGCUCGAGACGGGAAUAUUUAUUGCAAAGAAGAUUAUUAUAGAAUGUUCGCUGUGACGAGAUGCGGAAGAUGUCACGCUGGUAUAUCAGCCAACGAACUAGUAAUGAGAGCACGUGACCUGGUCUAUCAUCUACAUUGUUUUUCUUGUGUUUCCUGUGGAGUUCCAUUAUCGAAAGGUGACCAUUUCGGUAUGCGGGAAGGUUUAAUAUAUUGCAGGCCGCAUUACGAAAUCAUAGAUUUUUGUGAUCCCAUGGACGUGAUGUACAACGGAGGAGUGUCACCAGGAUAUUACCCUUCAAGUACACCACCUCAACAAACCAAAGGAAGACCGAGGAAAAAGAGGAUAAUAGCCGAAGAUGAAAGCUCUUGUGGGGAAAUACCAGUAACGAUGAGAAUGGCUGCUGCAACGUUGGAAAUGCUUCAACAAGGAGACUUAUCAUCUUCAUUAGAAUCUUUGUCGUAUGAUUCAUCCGUGACAUCACCAGCCUCAAGUAACGGCCACCAGAGUCAAAGGACAAAAAGGAUGAGGACGUCGUUCAAACACCAUCAAUUGAGAACAAUGAAAACCUACUUUGCUAUCAACCAAAAUCCUGACGCUAAAGAUCUAAAACAACUCGCGCAAAAAACGGGACUUUCAAAGAGAGUUUUACAAGUAUGGUUUCAAAACGCGAGAGCGAAAUGGCGAAGAAAUCUGAUGCGACAAGAAGGUACCAAUAAUAACAAUGGACAAACGCAAUGUCCAAACGGUCCUUCGUCAUCUGGUUCGGGCGGAAUGGAUUCCAGCAUGCCACACCAGAGUUUGGACGACCUCCAUCACCACAUACAUUCCCAAAAUUCACAAACUAUUUCGUUUAGUGAUAUAUAUUAAAUUAGUCGAUUAUAUAUUUAUUUAAAUAAUUUAAAAUUGUGGACAAGUAAUGUUUGUGAGUCUGUUAUUUAAAAAACCAGAUACCAACAAAGUAAUACGUUCGAAAGAAAAGUUAGAUCAAACCCCAAGAUUGACAUUACGUCCAAUAUAGAAGAGUAGAUGGAAGAAACAGUGAAAGAAGAAUGUGCAGGAAUAUUGUAAGACAUAUUAGAAAUGUUUAAAGGUUGAAGGUCAAAUGUAACUGUAAAUUCCACAAAUAUUACAUCGACCAUCUUCCUAAUAAAACCAGAAACAUAUGUUGGAAGAAUACCAACUGGGAAAAGUAUUUAUGAAGGAAAGGAAAAGAAACGUACAUAUACUAUACACAAUGAUCGCUAUUGUAUAUAGAAAUAAUAUCAAUAAUUUGAGAACCCAUAAAAUGGAAACUGCAAAAUUCAGAUUAAAAGACAGAAUCUAGAUAUAUUCCAGAAAGAACUAAGGGAUAUAAAUAUGGUAGUAGUUGAGAAAUUUUGUCUUAUUUCUAAAACUUUACACUUUAGAUUUUAGCGUAUACACGAAAUGUUCCUUUACAAAUAUAGUGAUAAUUUGUAUGUUAGAUUCUGAAAUAAUGGAACCUAUUAAUAUCUUUGUUAAAGAAAAUCUCAUCAAGUGAACAAUGAUUUGAUAUUAUGAUACACGUGCAUUCACAAUUUCAAUAAUUAAAAAGAGAGUUGCAGGACUAAAUAAAGAACUUGAACUACAGAAAUCGAAAUAUUAGGAGAUUUCAAAUAAAUUACCGGAAAAUUUUCUUGUACAUAAAAAUAUACGUGCAAUUUGAAACAUAUUUUUUGGUGAAAUAUGUAAAUAUUUGUACUUUUAAUGUUCAUCCCAAUCCAAAAGGAUAAUAUUAAAGGAAAAAAUUCGCUGUUGAUUUUUUGUAGAACUAUAAUCAUUAUAUAACUGUUACCAUAAAAUUAUUUUCAAAAAAAAUCAUUUUGAUAAAAGUGUAAUGAAUGAAAAAUGGUUCAAAAACAUCGACUUUACAUUGUAUAAAAUGUAUAGUAAUAAAUUUAUUCAUUUCUA